AUGGCACGCCUUGGCACGACUUGGCACGACUCACUGCCUCCGCCUGUGCCUGUGCCUCUGCCUCCGCCUGUGCCGGCCAUCGUUGCGGGUGCGGACCCGGAAACAGCUGAUGCUGCUGGAGAAACCGAGAUGCUGAGGCAAAACCCCGCGUCGCUGCGUCAGCAGCUGCAGUCGUCCGAGGUGCGGCAGACGUUGCAGUCGGCAGAGGAGGGGGAGGGACCAGCCAGUGACACUGAUGGGGAGGGUGAGGAGGGAGAGGAGACCGACUCUGACGGCGCGCCUGCCCCUCUGCCAGCCCCUCUACCACCAGCCGAUCAGCCGCCCCUCGGCCCAGUAUCUCUGGCGAGCGCCAACUUCGACACUGGCAGACCAGAGGUCCCCGAGUCCACCGUCGGCGGUGAGUCGACGUGCAUCAUCUGCUUCACUCGGCCGAAAUCGCACGUUGCGAUCCCGUGCGGCCAUCUGUGCGCUUGCGACGUGUGCUCCGCAAGGAUGGAGCAGUGUCCCAUCUGCCGCGAGCCGGUGAUGACGUGGUUCCUCCCCUCACGCAUCCGCGAGGCGUAG